AGCUGUUCUGAAAAAAAAACUAUUAUUUUGGGUUGAAUUACCUGCUAUACGAAUUUAAAGUAUAUAAUGUAUACAGUAUAUAUGUUCAGUAUAGACAAUCAAAUUUCUAGCAUUGAAGAGUAGUCCCUUGCCAUACCACGCGCCACUGAGCUUUUAUAGCGGUGGCAUUUAUAGUUACAUAUAUUAUAUGUGCAUAUGGUUUUUAAGGGGUCAGUAGGGUAAUCUUUUUUAAAUUUUUUGCAUUUGCUGUUCUCUUAUACCCUUAGAAUUAAUGUAGAAACCCACUUUGCCAUUGGAAGGAAGGCCCAAAAAUAAUAAUACCGCUCGACGUUCGGAGCGCUCAGAGUGCAUACCUCAAACUUUAAACGCGUUUUUCUCAAAACAAACUUUUUUAACUGGCGGACAUAAUUCCGCUCGAACUACGCAACCGAUUUGCUUAAUUUUUUUUAAAUGUUCGCAAAACGCCUGGCUAUCGUCCCUACUAGAUUCAUAAUUUUUUAUAAUUUAUUGACAAUGUUAUGAGAAAAUUAAUGUAAAAAAACAUUGGGAAAUUAAUUAAUUAUGAACUUUUUUAUUUAUCAACAUUUUUUCAUGAUUCUCGUAGGGACAAUAACCAUUCACGUAUUUUUUAAGAAUAAAUUGUGUUUCAGAUGAUCCAAACAUCAGAAAUCGUGUCCUUCUUCUUUACUGGCGUAGACAAUGCUUACGCGAUUAUAGCCGAGUUAACAACAACGCGCCAGUCGUUUCUUCUUUUCGCUACGUGGCGUCCUUCUCCACCUGGUCCUUCCCCCGGCGGGUACUACGUCGAAUACUUUCAGCGCUGGAGUGUUUUCGUCCAUUCGGACAACAUGACCUGGCCAACGUAUCCGCUGUCUCUUGAUUCGUUGAACUAUGUCAAUGUCGUCAUAUAUCUCGUACAGCUCAUCGUUCCAUCGAAUGCGAUAUUCGCCGUGGCCAAUGCGCAAAGGACCAUAAAUGUUCCGCAGAACCUUUCUCUCGAAAACUCGCAACGUUUCCUCAUCAGUUGUUGUCAUCGUUCAAGCAGGUGUUGAGGCCGAUGAUAUCAGCAGCAGCAUAAAAGAAUGCACCUGCUCGAUUAAGUUCUGCAUCUCGAAUUAUUUUUCCAGCAGCAGGUUGAAGAAGUCGCACGAUAUGGAAUCGCCUUAUCUGAAACCUCGUUUGGUAUCGAACGGCUCGGAGAGGUCCUUCCCGAUUCUGACGGAGCUUUUGGUGUUACUCAACGUCAGUUUACACAGCCGUAUUAGUUUUGCGAGGAUACCAAAUUCAGACAUCGCGGCAUAAAGGCAGCUCCUUUUCGUGCUGUCGAAAGCAGCUUUAAAAUCGACGAAGAGGUGGUGUGGGUCGAUUCUUCUUUCACGGGUCUUUUCCAAGAUUUGGCGCAUGGUGAAUAUCUGGACGGUUGUUGAUUUUCCAGGCCUGAAGCCACACUGAUAAGGUCCAAUCAGUUUGUUGACGAUGGGCUUUAAUCUUUCACGCAAAACGCUCGAUAGAACCUUAUACGCGAUGUUGAGGAGGCUUAUCGCACGGUAGUUGGGGCAGAUUGUAUGGUAUCACUUUUUAUGGAUUGAGCAGAGCACACUUAAAUUCCAAUCGCUGUGCAUGCUUUCGUCGGACCAUAUUUUACAAAGAAGCUGAUGCAUGCUUUUAUAGCUCAGCCGGCAAUCCAUCGGCCCCGCUGCCUUGUUGUUCUUCAGACGGGUGCCUGCUAUUCGAACUUCUUCAUGAUCGGGCAAUGGGACGUCUGCUCCAUCGUCAUCGAUUGGGGAAUCGGGUUCGCCUUCUUCUGGCGUUGUACUUUCACUGCCAUUCAACAGGCUGGAGCAUCGGUCAUAAGGAAACCUUCUGCUAGUCGCCGUAUUUUUUUUUUUUUUUUUGAAUUUUCGAGCAUUACCCCUGUCGGCUAGCUUAUUAAGCUCUUCAUACUCACGCAUUUCAGCCUCUUUCUUUUUCUGUCUGCAAAUGCGUCUUGCUUCCCUCUUCAACUCUCAGUAUCUAUCCCAUCCCGCACGGGUUGUGGUCGAUCGUGCGAGGUAGGCAGUGUGUUUUCUCUCCGCUGCGACGCGGCACUCCUCGUCAUACCAUCUGUUCUUUUGCAUUUUCCGAAAACCCAUGGUUUCGGUUGCAGCUGUACGUAAGGAGUCUGAAAUGCCGUCCCACAGUUCCCUUAUACCGAGUUGUUGACGAGUGGUCUCAGAGAGCAGGAGUGCAAGUCGAGUAGAAAAUCGUUCUGCUGUCUGUUGUGAUUGCAACUUUCGUGCGAAUCUUAGAUGCAACAAGAUAGUGGUCCGAGUCGACGUUAGGACCUCGGAGCGCACGCACAUCUAAAACACUGGAGACGUGUCAGGUAGCUUGAUUAAUCUUUUUAUGCUGGAAUCUAGUACUACAGAUAACCAUAUUUCGGGCCCCGGCGAAGUCGAUCAGCCUCAACCCAUUUGUGGAUGUUUCGUCGUGGAGGCUGAAUUUACCGACCGUAGUGCCAAAUAUACCUUCUUUGCCCACCCUGGCGUUAAAGUCGCCAAGCACGAUUUUGACAGCUCUCAUAAGUAGAAGGCAUCUUUGGUCACAUCGUUCUUCUCUUCCGUCGGGCGUGAGCGCAAAUAAGCGAUAUGUUGAAGAACCUCGCUUUGAUGCGGAUUGUGGCUAGACGUUCAUUCACCGGAGUGAAUGAUAGUACUCGGCGACGGAGUCUCUCUCCCACCACGAAUCUCACACCAAACUUGCGCUCCUUUAUAUGGCCACUGUAGUAAAUGCCACAAGGACCUACUCGUCUCUGUCCUUGUCCCGUCCAUCGCAUUUCUUGGACGGCGGUGAUGUCAGUCUUUAUUUUCACGAGGACAUCAACCAGCUGGGCAGCGGUACCUCCCCAAUUAAGGGACCGGACAUUCCAGGUGCAUGCCCUUAAUUCGUAGUCCUUAUUUCGUUUGCCAUGGUCGUCAUCAAAAGGGGGUCUCUCAUCCGAGGCUUGUUGCUUCCUUUCAUUAUGGGUGUUUUUUUACGUGGCGGGUCCCAAACCCAGCGCACAACCCUGCGGAGGGGAUGUUUCGCCUUCUCACUUUAGCUCGCCUUCAAACGGAUGUUCUUAGGCUACCCAGAGGAUACUUGGUCAAAGACCGGAAGUCGUGAGCUGCUUGAGUCAUACAUAUGUAAAAGAAUCGUUUCAGGCCACUCCCAAGAGAAUGGCGAUCAGAAAUGUUUCCUUACAUGCGUGAACUUCUACACAUGACUCCAUCCUCCAGAAAUCGUGUCCGCCAGUGAAAAAAAACCUUUCAUUCACCCAGCCAUUUCUCCGAUAGAUGCCAUCAAAAAAUUCCGAAAAAAAACUUUAUACACUCCACGAUAUACCUCAUGAUAUGUGAAAAAAGUUCUAUUGUAGAAUAAGGAUUUCUAAAAUUUCAAAACACAGGUUUACCCUACUGACCCCUUAAAAUGAAAAACACUUUAUUUAUUGACUCUUCUCUAGUACUCCAGUGACACCUAUGUACAUCGCUUAUUAUUAUUACGGGGCAUCUCGACAGGCAAAAUAUUAUAUGAAGGUAGGCUGGAAUAGUAGUUAGGUAGGAAUAGAAAGUAUAGAUAGAAUAAUAGUAUAAAUGUGUGCAAAUGGUAUAUAUGUUAUAGUUAAUAUUUUAAUGAGAAUUGUUGGCAUAACGUUAGAUAUUUUUAACUGAAACCUGAACCUGCUCGGCGUCAUUUCAUUAAAAUGAAAUAUCAAGAUAUUAAAUGCCCAAAUAAAAAAUUUCCUUUUAAAUCGCAAAAACGUAAUUUUACUCCGCUUGUACUAAAAGCUUACGAACUGUAUUUUGGUGUUAAAGUUGAGGAUCAAGACAAAGCAUGGACCCUUCAUAUCUGUUGUAUAACUGGUGUAACACUGUUAACAGCUUAGUUAAAAGGUUCAAAUCGUAAAAUGCCCUUUGCAGUGCCAUUCAUUUGGAGAGAACCUAAAGACCAUGUUACAGAUUGCUAUUAUUGCCCAACGAAUAUUAAAGGUAUUGAACCGAAGUCUAAACAGCUUUUAGACCCAGUGAACGAACUCCAAAAACAAAAUAUCGCCGAAAAACAUCGAUUGUAACAUUUUAAGUUCAAAAUUUCUAUAAAAUAUGCCUGUAAGUUAUGCGAUACCAGCACUUCCUUCCAAUUCAUCUCAGGAUGGAAUUCGAGAGACUAUGUUAUAUAGUGGAUCAAAGUUUAAAGGAUUCCAAAAGUCUCAAGGAAAUUCAUAUGACGUGGAAGUUGUUCUACAGCAUAUCGAUUUGCAAAAUUCAUUUUUAUGUGGUUAUUUAAAAAUUAAUGGACUGACUUUCGAAUUUCCAACUCUGACAACAUUUUUUGAUGGAGAAAUAAUAUCGAAGAAAUAUCCAUUUUUAACCAGAAAGUGGGAAGCGGAUGAGGAUGUGGACAAAGGGCAUUGGAGCAAAUUUGCCGCUUUUUCUGAGUAUGAAGAAUCAUUUAAUUCAGAUAAUUUUGACUUUAAAAAAUUGGCGAAUAGCGACUAUGUAUUCAUGCGAUGGAAAGAACAUUUCCUAGUGCCAGAUCAUACGAUAAAGGAUAUAAAUGGGGCGUCUUUCGCUGGAUUUUAUUAUAUUUGCUUUACAAAAUCUACUGGCAGAGUGGAAGGUUAUUAUUAUCACCGCUCAUCAGAGCUAUAUCAAUCUAUUGAAUUAGAACACAUAUCAGAAAAUUCUUCAGAUGUGUAUGAAUUUAGAUAAAAUGAAUAGUGUAAUUUAUUUGUUAUCAUUAAGUUAUAUGUACAAAAGAUAUUUAUCUAAUAAAAAUAUUUCUAUAUAA